GUGAUCUGGGGCAUUCGAACAUCACUACGUCAUCAGCCAUAUCACCAUCUGGUGGCACUGCUCUUGCUUCUCACCACCACCUGUGCGCGUCUAAACUCAAUCCUUCAACCGUCGAAAUUACCAGCAAGUGGAGGCCAUGCCAUAGAAAACGCGUCAUUGUGACUUACAGUCUACCAGCUUUGAAAUUUGACAACUUAUUGACCUCGGGAUCCUUAACUAUAACCGAACACUUUGGAACGGUCAUCGACAACGUUCAGCAAAAAUGGCGGAAACCCACCAUUUCGACAUCUCCAAAUUGUUCUCAGUACAAGGCUGGGUGUGCGUUGUUACGGGAGGAGGCACUGGCAUCGGCUUGAUGGCAACGCAAGCCCUAGCAGCGAACGGCGCUAAGGUGUACAUCACAGGUCGGCGGACUGAAGCGCUGGAGAACGCUGCCAAGAAGCACAAUCCAAGUUUCUCGACUGGAGGCAAGAUCAUCCCGGUGGGACCAUGCGAUGUGAGAAAGAAAGAAGACCUCGAAAAGAUCGUGGACGACCUUCAAACCAAGCACGGCGAGAAGUACAUCAACCUGCUGGUCUGCAAUGCUGGCGUUUCGGGGACCAAGGCGGAGCCCGAGGAGGUCGACGCCUCCGACCUCAAGAAGAAGCUCUGGGACAACGAGAGCGUUGAGGCAUGGCAGAGCACCUUUGAGACCGACGUGACGAGUAUCUAUUUCACUACUGUUGCUUUCCUCCCGCUCCUGCAGGCAAGCCUCCAGCCAAAGGGGCCCUUGGAGCGGUUCCAGCCCAGUGUGGUUACAAUCUCGAGCAUGUCAGGCCUGAUGAGACACGCUCAGGGUCACUUCUCAUACAAUGCCGCCAAGGGAGCCACAGUUCACCUGUCAAAGCUCAUGUCUGCUGAGUUCCAGCAGACUGGCAUCAGGGUGAACUCGAUUGCACCAGGCUACUUUCCCUCAGAGAUGACAGCAAAGAGCUCGGACGACAAGCAGAAGAGCGAGCUGCCUGCAGAGAAGGUCCAGGAGAAGGGACAUGUUCCAGCAGAGAGGGGCGGGAGAGACGAGGAGAUGGGCAUGACUCUACUCUACCUGGCAAGGAACGGCUACGUCAACGGGGAAAUCAUUGCCGUUGAUGGUGGAGUUUUGAACGUGGUAUCUGGUCGCUAACGGGAGGAACUUGUGUAUGGGUGGGGAAAUUUUCAUUUUCUUCCUCAGGCCUUCGUGGAAUAUGUACAACUGGCAUCGGGAACAUGCAAAAACGGCAUUUCUUUUAAAGUCUUUGGACCGAUGCCAGUGUUAUUCCCAAGCUGUCCUUCUCAUCGCGUGCUAAGUCAACUUCCAACUCUCAUCAAAAUGCUUUCUUUCUCCUGCAAUCAUGCGGCUCCUCGCUGGGCGGCCGUACCUUCAAGGAGGCAAAUCCCACCCGCAAGUCCCGACCAUUCCAGGCAGUGUAGUACUGCUUUAAGAGGGGAGAUC